CUGAUAAAAAUAUUUUUAUCAAUUGCCACUGUCACUGUCAUAUCCUAAAAAUGGCUGAGGCUUGUCAGAUAGCCCGAAAACAAGAUUUGCCUCCUCCGGGAGGCUACAAACCUAUUCCAUAUAAAAGAUUACCCGCUAAACAAUACUUCAGUGGGUAUACUAUGUUCGCUGGCUAUGCCGGCUUAACUUUAGUAUCUAUUUAUUUGUACAACUUAACUGCUAAGAGAAUACAGAAAAAUGAAAUUGAGAUGCGCUCAGCCAAAAUGGCCAUAUAUCCUAUGUUGCUGGCUGAGAGAGACAGGGAAUACUUAAAGCAGCUCCGCAGGAACCGUGAUGCAGAGGCUGAACUUAUGCGUGACGUGCCUGGAUGGGAGGUCGGCACUUACUACGGUGAGCGUGUUUACAAGAUGUUGCCACCAGACACACUGGUGGAACCUAUUUUCCAUGAAUACUAUGCACACAGCUCCCCGACCGAAUGGUUCAAGAGGGCUUACAUCAAACUGCGUUCUUAAGUGCUUGUUUUUAAAACAAACUCAUCCAAAACUUGCAGUCAGUCUAAAGCUACCAAAAAAAUUGAUUACGUAAUGAAAUAUCUUGAAGAAAAUUAAGCGUUUUUAAUCGCUGACUUAUAUUUUAAACAGGUAACUUUAGUUCAAACAGAUGUUGAAACCCAUUUCAUAAUGAUUGUGUGAACGAAAUUGAUCAUUGUAGUUACUUUGGUCUUAAUAAAGGCUCAUUUAUUAGUGUGAAA